UUCUCUCUCUCCACCCCCUUCUCUGCCACUGGUUGCUGGCUCUCUUAGUACUUCUUUCUUCUCCCAGCACCAGACAGCCGUGUGACAGAGAUCCCUGAGCUCUCUUCUUCUGCAGUGGAAAGAGACGGAUUUUGAAAGAUGGAAAAAGGAUACCAACCCCAAGAAUCAGCGCCACCCUACCCAGGGCCACCAGUGAGCUAUGGAGGUGCAGCCGUGGGGCCCCAGCCGGGGUUUUCCCCCCAGCCUGGCUUCCCUGCUUCCCCCGGAGCACCUCCACACGUUGGAUACCAGGGAGUCUUGAUCAUUACUAGGUGUUGGCCUUCCCUGCCACGGUGGUGCAGCCUAAACUCAGGUGCUGCUGAGCGACUCUAUCCAUGUGUUUACCCUCCUCCAGCUCCAGCCGCGCCUGGCCACACCACGACAGUGACCCAAAUGGUGGUUAGCCCUCUUCUGCGGGACGUCCCAGGUCAGACCAUUUGCCCCCAUUGCCAGCAGACGGUGGUGACCAAGAUAGAGCACAAAGCGGGCCUGAUAACAUGGGCCAUCUGUUGCGGCCUUGCAGUAUUUGGGUGCCUUCUCUGCUGCUGCUUCCCGUUCUGCAUGGACUCCUGUCAAGAUGUCGAGCAUAGCUGUCCGAUCUGCCAAAAAGUCAUCUAUAUACAUAAACGGUUGUGAGACUGUCUGCUACUGAGAACAAUGCACUUCAUGCGGAUUUGUGUACACUCUUGGGGUCCUGUAUUUCAAUAGCGUCUUGGUGAUAGUGAACCAGACAUAAUGAACAUAUUAUAUUAUUCAUUAUUGUGAUUAUUGUCAGUGAAUCGUGCCUUGACUGUUUUCUGCAAUGUGCAAUUUCAAAUGUUUUUCCACAGCCCUGGCAAAUCUCGGCAAUGACAGAUUUAAAUUCCAAUAAAGAAAUAUCUGA